AUGGCGUCCAACACCCUGUUACAUCCUACGAUCGCGCACCCUCCGGCGCACGUGCUGCGUCGACGGCUCAAGCGCGCCUUCACCGCAUGCUCGAACCGCGCCCUGCCCGGAAGUGCCAAAUGGGCCGUCGAACUGCUCAAUGCGAUACCGAGUUCGGCCGUUCUGUCGUCUUCAGCUUCCUCGGCGACCACUACGCGCGGGAGCCAUGGCCGCAGAGGGACUUCUACCGCGGCGAGGCGAGCAGCGAACUCGGGCUGGGGUUCGACCUCGACCGCGCCUCCGAAUCCGAUGAGCAGUCCCGAAUCGCUGUCCAGGUUCGCCACUUCGACACCCAUACGCUCUCAUCCCAGUCCAGUCGGCGUUGCAGGUCCUUCCAACAACACCAUCACCUCAUGGGCCAGUCUGGGCGGCCACCGAACCACCGCUCCAGCUUCCUCAACCUCGGCGAAUCUUCUCGCCCCUCGACCCCACCCCGCGAGGGACUCGCUCGGCAGCAUCAUGGAACUGGCCUCCUCACCGGGUGGGUAUCCCCACCAGCUCGACGAUCGACGGGAACAUCCUUCGUCCCAUUUGGAAGAAGGGGACUCCGCGAUGCUCCCGGGGACAGCAAAAUCCCACCUGGACGAUCACGAUCUCGACCUCGACCUCGAUCUCGAUCCGGAACCCGAGGGCUGGGAUGCGCUCGAAAGCGAUCGCUACGAUUUGGCUUUGGCAUACGAGAGGACCCAUGAACAUCUUAGAGCUUCGAGUGUGCUCAAUGGGUGUAGAGGGAAUAAGGCCAGGUGGUUGAGAGGUUAUACCAAGUACUUGGUCAGUUUUGCGGGGAUGAGCAAGGUCCAAAAGAGGGGACGAGUCUGAUCAUUCCCGAUACGCGCCUGUUCACCGUCCACAGGCUGGGGAGAAACGGGCACAAGAAGAAUCGGGCGAUCUGCUGGGCGUCAAGGACCGAGGGAUUGCCAAUCCUUUUGCGCAAGAACUAUUGGCGGAGAUGGCCGAGUGGGAACCGGGGACCGUCGACCACGAUCCUUGGUUGUUGUACCUGUGCGUCAGCCACGCAAAUAUUUCAUCUCGAAGAAAAUCAUCCGGUGGGAUCGAACUGAUGUGGAUCUGCGUGGAUCGCCAUCACAGAAAAGCGUUACUACUGCUCGCGAUCCCACCCGUCUCGCCUUCGCCUUUUGGUUCGAGGGAUCCGACAACCAUGACCGUCACGCUCGAUCACCGACUCGCCGCGAUGGACCACCUCGUCCACUCGGUCAAGUUGGAACCGUACAACUGGUCCGCGUGGCUCAAGUUGGCGUCCUGUCUUGAUGGGCCUGAAGAGGUUGGUACUGUCUGAAGGAGGAAGACUCUGGUUUCGCACGGAACCUAACUCUGCACCUCCGUUACGCCGCAGCUCGAAGCGACCCUACAUUUUUUACCCAAGGAGACGCCGCUCCUCUUCUUCUUCGUCCACGCGACACUGGAGAUUCAUGCUGCGGGUGAGAACCUCCACGAGGUUUUGAACGACCUCGACAAGAUUUUUCCCGGCGCGAGUCUAAUCGAAGGCAUGCGGGGUUUGAUUCAUUAUCAUGUGCGAGGUCAGUCCCCAUCCUGGUCUGAAACUAUCCUCUGGGAUCAUCAAUUGAGUGGAGGUGUGCUUUGUGCAGAAUUUGACGAAGCGACCGAGUACUUUACCAAACUGCAAGAAUCGGACCCUUACCGCGUCGAAGACAUCGACAUAUUCUCCAACAUCCUCUACGUCUCGGAGAAAAGGGCCGAACUCGCGACGCUGGCUCAAGAAUACACCAAGAUGGAUCGCUCCCGACCCGAGGUCUGUUGUUUGGUAGGGAAUUAUUAUUCGCUCAGGAGGGAACACGAGAAGGCGAUUCUGUACUUCAGGAGGGCGUUGAAGCUGGAUCGAGGGUAUCUGAGCGCGUGGACGUUGAUGGGCCAUGAGUACGUCGAGAUCAAAAAUACGAAUGCCGCGAUCGCGAGUUAUCGUAGGGCCGUUGGUGAGCUUUGACAUUAGAUGGACCAUGCAUCAUUACCGCCGGAGGGCGAUUCUCAACCCUAUUCAUUCGAACGCAGACGUCAAUCGCAAAGACUAUCGAGCAUGGUACGGCCUCGGACAGACGUACGAACUCUUGGGCGAACCUUAUUCGGCGUUGAACUAUUACCAAAAAGCAACGGCGUUGCGACCGUUCGACGCGAGGAUGUGGUGCGCGCUCGCGGUGUGCUACGAAAAGUUGAAGAGGUGAGCAAUCGAUGGGAUGGGAGGAAAGGCAUGAUGUGAGAUGCACCAGAAGAAUUGACCAGACAAUUUCAUUCUUAAAACCAAGGGUCCCCGACGCGAUCAAGUCGUACCAACGCGCGCUCGUCUCGUCCGAACCCGGCGAGAACGACACCGCUCUCCGCAUCGGUCGUCUCUACGCUUUACAAGGCGAUUCUCUCAAAGCCGCUUCGUACCAUCGUCGAGCCUUAGCAGAAGGGAUCAAGACCGAGGCGACCAAGAACGAGCUGAGCAAAAUCAGGUUGUGGCUGGCCAAGUACGAGAUCAAGCGAGGGGUGAUGAAGGGCGAUUUGGACGCCGCGGAGGAGCUGUUGAAGGAAUGCUUGGGCGUGGGAGAGGAUAAGGAUGAGGCCGAGUUGUUGCUCAAGGAGUUGAAUGUGCUUUUACUUAGUAGGGAAUGA